UUAAAAACCGACUCCCGGAAGUGUGACGUCACGGCGGCCGGGUGACGUAGCGGCGCUUGUGACUUGCGAAAUGGAGAAAGGAGGCGCAGCCGAAAACAAGUCUGCGUGUUUGAGGAGAUCUCAGCUAGGAAACACGCAGGAGCGGACACGCGGGACCACCAGCACCUCCGCCGCGCGGACCUCAGCGCAGUAGCCUCGUGACAUGCAGAGCUCGGGAGGAUGAUCAGCAACCAAGAAGACGAUGAGUUCGUUGCAGUGCGGGUUCAAGAUCCCCGCAUUCAGAACGAAGGCUCGUGGAACUCGUACGUGGAUUAUAAAAUAUUCCUACAUACCAACAGUAAAGCCUUCACAGCCAAGACGUCCUGCGUGCGUCGGCGCUACAGCGAGUUCGCCUGGCUCAAGAAGAAGCUUCAGAAGAACGCCGGUUUGGUGCCGGUCCCGGACCUCCCAGCAAAGUCCUUCUUCUCCUUCAGCAAUGAGGACUUCUUGGAGGGGAGAAGAAAAGGACUUCAGACCUUCUUGGACAAAGUGGUGCACAUGACGGUGUGUCUGUCAGACAGCCAGCUCCACCUCUUCCUGCAGACCCAGCUGCCGGUCGGUCACAUCGAGGACUGCGUGCAGGGCCACACGCCGUACACCGUGACGGACGCCAUACUCACCUACGCCUCGUCCAAUCGGGGCUUCGCUCAGGCGCAGGAGGACGACUCCAUCAAGGAGCCGAGUCUGACUGUUUCGUACGAGUCCAUGGAGAGCCCAGCGCCGCAUCAGCCCUGCCUACAAACUAAAGAGACCUUCAGCCCUGAGCUUGUAUCGUGUAGUGACUCGGACCCUGUGGACAGCAUCCUGCAGCUCUGCGAUCACGGCACAGUCGAGCUACAGCACCAGGAGAAGUCCUCGAUACGAGUCCUCCAGAUGAACAACCAUCUCGAGGCCGUCGUUGAGGACUGUGGCCCGGGAGAGGCGAGCUUCUUUCUGGGUGACGGUCGGGACGACUGCGAGAGUUUUUCAGAACAGACCCAGCAGAGGAGCUGUCAGAUACAGACGCCAGUGGAGGUGCACUCGCCCAUGGGGACCGGCUUUGAGGUGAACUGUGGGGUGGAGGAGGUGAGCGCCACGACAUUAGAUCAAGAAGAAAAGACAGUCGACACGGAGGGAGAUCAACAGGAAAGUUCUGAGGAGGCAAAUAUAGAAAACAAGUCUGUGAAUUCUGUAGCGGUUCUGGAUCUUAAGGACAGCGACGCUGUGGACGUUCUACAAGACGUCGGCAUCGAGAAGCAGAUUUUAGAAAAUCACGUCAUCUCUGAGCACGUUAGUGACUCUGACGAUCACGUGGAGGAGAAAUCAGAGCCGGUCAACGAAGAACAUGCUGAACUUGAGAGCAAAGAAGAGGCGCCAGAAAUCCAGGAGGUGCCACAGGUGGAACAUGGCGGUGAUGAUGACACCGCUGAACAAACGGACCAAAAGCAACAGGAAGCUGAUUUGGUCGGGACCAAAGACGAGAGCGACGAAGACAGCCGCUCGCUGACGUCGUCCAACGAGAGCAUCGUGAAGGUGAGCGACGAAGAAAGCGCUUGCGACGAGACUCGGUCUGCGAACGGCUUCGUGAAGACGUCUCCCGAGGACGACGCGCUCUGGUCGGACGCGGACGCCUCCAGGAGAAACAUUUUGGAUCUACACGUGAACGGAUGCAUUUCCACGCAGGAGGAGGAGGAGGAGGAGGAGGACGCGUUGCAGAGUGAAGACCUGCAGUACAUCACCGAGACCAAGGACCUGAGCAAAUCCCUGGAGCUCAACUCGACCGUGACCGGUGGAGACUUGACUGAAAACAGCGACUUCAGCAUCAUAGAGACGAGCUGCUCGCCUGUGAUCGUCGACAGUAAAUGUUCGGAGCAGGAGCUGUCGGAGGAGACUCCCGAGGAGGAGGAGGUGCGUUAGUGAAACCGCUGAAUGACACGACAUGUUGUCAUGCAUCUUCUUUUUUAGUUAGUUUUUAAAUUUAACAGCUUCAUUUACACUCAGGUACACUAAACAUCGCCACUGUUUUCUCCUCGAACCGGCUCCUCUGCUGGAUGAUGAUCGGCUCUUCGAACAGCAGAUGGUGCUCAAGCUCACUAAAGGAUCUUAUCCACACACACACACUAAAGGUUUUAUUAGAAAUAUAAAUUUUAAGCUCAACUGCUCUGAAAUUCAGACACAUAAUUCAAUCAGGAAACUUAAAAACGUGAAUCUUUAAUUUAAGUCUACUUAAACGUUCUUUGAAAGAGUUUCUGGUUUGCUGUGAUUUGUUCCUGUGAACAGACGACUGAAGUCUGUUUCCUCAGUUUGAAUCUGUGUGAGAGGGAUCAUUCAAAACUCGUAACCUUUAGAGAAACUCUGAGGACUGUUGCAUCAAAAACCUGUUUCAGCGUACGCGUGAGUAUUGUUUGAAGACAGACUAGUCACUGGAGAAUCCCCCCACAGCCUCGCUUAAUGUGAAACCCAUAAAAAAGAAAUCACUGUAUUAUGUAAGUCAACAACUGAAUCGUGAUGUUUUUAACGCUGAUAUAAGUCGUUAACUCAGGAUGGCAUUAAACCAGUUUAGUGAACGAGCACGCAGAGAGUCUGCCACAGAUUUUAGGCAGCACAAAUAUUUGGUUCUGUUUUUAAAAAAUGAUGAUCAUAAAUAAUCAGAGCGACGUUUAUGCAGUAGACACUAACACCUUUUCAGUCAUGUGACCUGGAUAAUGUGCAUUCUUGUGCUUUUUUGCAUUUCAAACAGGUGAGUCUCACCUUUAGGGCGACACUGGUUCACACACACACACACACACACUACGCUUCGUCGUCGUCAGUCCGCGUGUCGUUUAUUUAUUUCAUGAAGACGAUACUGCCUCUUUUCUAACUAACUGCAUGUCAGAGUAGACUUCUCAGCCGCAGCCUUAAUUCUGAAACUCGACACUGUUUUCACACACUACUGCUCUGUUUGUGAGUUUUAAUUCAUUUAAAAAAAAAAGGGACCCGGAGUUUAACGUGGCUCGUCAUGUUUCUCACACGUAUGAUCUAGAAGAUGGAUUGUACCGGGUAGUACUGGGUUUUAUUUUCUUUAUACACUGUACAUUUGUUUUGUUGCUUUUAAAUUUUAAAAAAAUAAAUAAAUGUUUUCAGAAGCGAAGCCCCCUCUUCUAAAGGAGACCUCUAUUUUAUAACAUGGAUCUACAAGGGCGACGCUAACAACCUGAGUGACGGUGUCCGUGUAAAUACAUCAAGUUUUAUUUCAAAUAAAUAGUUUUUUCUUCUUUA